AUGGCGACCAUCAAGGGAAGUCUUCAGUGUGAAAAUAAAGCCCCGCAGAUGUCAGCUUACACGAUCCAAAAUGCGAUCCUGCAGUUCUACACGAAGUACAGGCUGUUUCCCCAGGGCCUUUCAGCUUUGGUCCCAGCAGUGGUGGAUUGGGCUUUGAAGCAUGGGGCCAUCAUCAAGAAGUUGGACAAGGGCAAGCCCGCCGACCUCGCUGAGAUUCCCAACAUUGCAGGCUCCAGAUCUUCGACCACAGCUUCGUCGGACCUGGGCAGCAGCGAAAUUUCGUCCGUGUCUUCGACCAAGUUGGCCCGGAUUGCCAGCCAGCUUGAAGCUCUGAGGAUUGCCAAGGCUUCGAAAGCCGUGAAAAUGAAUGAAACUAUUGUGGUCGAAGAUGAUGACCCAAAUUCUCCUCACUCCACUGGUGCCAAGCAUUCCGACCCAGUUGAAAAUGAAAAUUCCUUGGAAAGGUUGCCCCCCAAGAUUAGGAUUGCUCAGAUUUUGAAGAAUGCCAAGAUGAGACGAUUGGCCAAUGAAGUCAAGACCACCGGUGAUCGCCCUGCCAAAACAAACGCUCCAAAAGAUGAGGAUGUCCCAGACUUUGUUGGCCGUGCUUUGGGCGAUGGCGAUGUGCCCAAGACUUUCCCUCUUUCGGACCAGUACGUCAACACGAUCAAGAAAGCCAAGGAGGCUAUGGAUGGGUGCCUUUCCGAGCCUGACUCGGAGAAUCCCCAUGAAAAAUCCAAGAAACCCAAGAAGGGCACCAAAACCCAGAAAAAAACAACCAAAAGGGAGGGAAAACCUAAGGGUGAGAAAGUGGACUCAUCAUGGAAAUAUGGUGAAAUUCGAUCUUCUUUCAUAAAAUCAGCUAGGGGCAAAGGUAUGGAUUUCAACACGGCCAAGAGCCUAUGGAACGAAUCUCGUGAGAAGAAAGAGCUUUUGGCUGGCCUCACACUUUGCGAAUUGAAGCGCCGCAAAUUCGUGGACAAGACUUGCAAGACCAAUCCUUGGUCCUAG